AUGAAUUAUCGGCGUGGUAAGAACCCUGUUUUUUGCCAGCAUCAAGAGCAGGAUCUGUAUGAAGAACCCAACAUCAUCCUUCCCCCUACUAUCAACGCCGCCUACGACUGGACCGGUCCCGAUGACCCAGACAACCCUCGCAACUUCUCUGCCGCUUUACGCAUUUUCAGUACCAUUGCCAUAACUAUGCUCGCCAUGAUUGGUACUGUAGCUGGAUCAAUGUACGCGCCCGCACAAGACGCUGUCGCCUCAUCCCUCCAUUGCAGCCGUAUCGUUGCCGUGCUACCCCUUUCGCUGUAUAACCUGGGCCUUGCCUUUGGGCCCAUGGUCGGCGCACCCCUCUCAGAGACAUACGGCCGCAAGUCUGUCUUCAUGCUCUCGACCCCAGUCUUUGUGCUGUUUCUUCUCGGAUCUGGUUUCAGCCAUUCUAUCGGCGGAUUAACGGCCUGCCGCUUCUUUGCCGGCGUGUUUGCCUCGCCCCUGAUCAAUAAUGCACCAGCCACGCUGCUCGACUUUACGCCGCCGCGGUAUCGGGGUGUCAGUCUAGGGGGUUACUAUGCUGUGCCGUCGUUUGGUGCUGCUUUGGGGCCCUUGAUUGGAGGGUUUGUCCUACUCGUCAAGCCAUGGCAGUGGACGCAGUGGAUUUCUAUCUUCAUCACGGUAGCGUUUUACAUCCCUGUGUGCUUCACUCGCGAGACGUACAAAAAGGUGAUUCUCAAACGACGAGCUACGCGCCUAGGGCUACGUGACUCGGCGUCGCAGCGAACAUCACCGGGGCGGGCCUUUAGAUACUUCUUCACGACCCUGAUCCAACGACCUCUGCACAUGUUGUUCACGGAGCCGAUUGUCACACUAGUAAGCGUGUAUAACGGCUUCCUGUUUGGUCUUCUCUAUACGUUUGUCGUGUCAGUGCCUUGGAUAUUCAGGCAUUACUAUGGGUGGUCGGCGGAGAGCGAGCCGCUGUCGUAUUUGGGGUUGAUGUGCGGCACAGCUCUUGCAGCGGUGCCCCUGAUUCUAAUCGAUCUCUACUCCUAUCAAAAGCGUUUGACGGAGUGGCAGCUUAGCCAUGAUGACGAUGAGCCACUGCCUUCGGAGAAUCGCCUCAUGUCGGCUCUGAUUGGAAGUAUUAUGCUGCCAAUUUGCCUCUUCAUUGUUGGCUGGACGGUGCAUUUCCACGUGCACUGGAUUGUGCCAAUCAUUUUCCAAGGCCUCGUAAUGCUGUCUUCUCUACUUGUCUAUGCGGGCGCUAAUCUCUUCAUGCUGGACGCCUAUGGCCCGCUAUAUGGGGCGUCCGCGUCAGGAUCCAUGAUGUUCAGUCGAUACUUGCUCUCCGCUGCGUUCCCGCUUUUUGCGUUACAGAUGUACGAGAAGCUCGGGGCGGGAUGGGCUACGAGCAUUCUUGGUUUUGUGACAUUGGUGAUGGCACCAAUUCCCUGGUUCUUUAGGGCGUACGGGGAGAAGCUGAGGGCGAGAAGCAAGUACGAGAUGAGUACCUAG